GUAGCGUCGAAACUCUCUUGACUUCCGGGAAGCAACAAAAGCGGUGUGAUUUUGCCAAAUCAACAAAUAUCUGGCUAUCUCUCAGAUUGACCAUUUUGUGAGAUAUUUCCUGUUGGCGAGACAUGGACUUGUAAUACCUCCUGCAUCAAGGUUCAAAGUCAAGAGGAGGAAAUUGUCGCAUCAUGUAUGAACAGCCAGUGGAGGUUUUAACUAGCGGGACAAGUAUUCUACAGGACGGCCCCGAAACGAAUACGACAACUGUGCCAGAGUUGUUCCAGGACCCGAUUCCGAAGCAUCUGCUGGCCGAGUCUCCGCCAAGCCGCCUUCCUAAAACUGUAACAAUGCAACUUAGCACCUCCACUUCAACCACAAUCCAUCAAGACUUGAAGUUACCACAUCAACUGCUGGUAACUCGCCAUGGCCUCGUCAGUCCAUCGUCUUCUCCGGAGAAACUUUCUGUCAAGGUAGAACAGUCCAAUUUGGUGCACAUGAUGGAUACUUUUCCAUACAGCGAUGAUGCUGAUAAAGCCCUGAUGAAAAUAGUAAGUACUGACAAUAAAAUUCCAGAUAAUAAGAGGAUAGAUGUUUCUGGUGGCAGCACUCAAAACAACGAGUCAAAUGAUUUUGAUGCCGAUAUUAACACUAUUGUAAUUACCAAUGACGAAACUGGAGAAAUUAAAAUGACAUUUUCCGAUAAUGCUGUUGGACAAUAUGAAGAAAUUGAGGAGAAAUCUGAUCAAAAAGAAUCGGAGCAGAGCAUUGGUGAAGAGGUUGGAAUGUGUCCUUUCACAACAUUACUUGAAAAAGAGGACAAAGUCAACGGUUUAUCCCCUACAAGGAAAAGUGACCGUUCCAUUAAACUCAAUUCAGCUUUUGGCGAAGAGGAUGGAAGAAAAAUCCCUGGUUUUGGGAGAGUUCUUGCCGCACACAUGAUGAAAGAGGCCGGUUCACAAUCUACAAAAACUGGAGGCAAAAAAACAAAAGUGAAGAGAAGCAGAAAGCAAGUGGAUCCCAAGAAAACCAAACUCAGUGUGGACGAUGUGUAUGAGAGUGAAGAGGGUGAGGGUGUGGAAAGUGACGGGGACUUGUCGAAAGAUUUACUCAAAGUGCGUAUGUUGAAAUGUGACUCAUGUGGCAAGCACUUCCUCGACAAACAAAAGUUACAGACACACAAGAAGACGCAUAAUAAAAGAAAAAACUCCCAAUCAGUGUCUGCAACAUCAAGUCAUAACAACGGUUCAAAGAAAGUCUAUCCCUGUGAGGUGUGUGGGUACACGUUUCGCCGUCGCGAGCACUGGCGACGGCACAGACUCACUCACCUAGACACCACACCUUAUAAGUGUCCUGUUUGUGAUCGAGGUUUCAAACGAGCGGAGCAUGUUCGGCGCCACCAGACUGUUCACACACGUAUCAAGGCAUUUGAUUGUAAUUCAUGUGACAAAAAGUUCACUCGCUCUGAACACCUUAAAAAGCACAUGUUGCUCCAUCUUGGGAAAACACCAUUUGCAAGAAAAAAGAAAUCUGUAGCCGAUAGUUGAAAGACUUACUGUAUAUAUGUGACCAGUAAAUAUAUAAAGUUAUCAUAUUCAUGGAUCAUGAUCACAGACCCGAUCAUAAUCAUUGUGUGUAGUACGUAUGAACAUUUGUGUAUGAAAUUAAAUGAUGUGUAUGUCUAUAUAUAUAUACAUAUAUCAUGCACAUUAUCAUCAUUAAUAAUGAAUUUGUUUCAGUUAUAUAUAUGCAUGUAUUAUUACUUGUGUGCGCUUCUAAUUUACAAGUAAAUGUACAUACCUGGUAUUAUUGAUCAUAAGGCCGUAUCUCCCCUUAUUUUUGACAGAACUUAUAUUAAUUACAGACAAUUUGACUGUUUCGUAAUAAAACCAAAUUGCCAUUUACAGUGAUCCCAUGCUAGAGAAAAACUGGUGUAUAAACCAAAUAUGCGUUGUGCGAAAUUUGUGUGUGGCCUGUGAAAUGAAGGUAACAUAAUUAUAAUGAUAUAUGAAUCACUGCACAUUAUACCCAUUCAGGUUCAGUUUUUAGCCGAAUAUGAAAAUCAACAUGGCUGUCGGAAGCCAUCUUGGAUUUAUCAUUUAGUGAAAGGUAACAUGGGCCGUUUUCGUUUAAGCGGUCAAACCGGUCGGACCACUGUUGUUCGUUUAUUAAAUAGGGUCGGACCUAGUA